AUGGCUUGGUUCAGAGGCUUGACAUGGGCCAUUACACUGGUUACUGUGCUCCUGAAUCUCUAUAUUUACACUUACCCAAGCUUCACUCCCGAGAGAUGUUCUUGGAAUCAUAGCUAUGAAGAUGGCAAUGAUCUACUCGGGGAACGCGUCAAAAAUAUACCAUAUUUUGGUGAUCUUUACAAAACACUCUUUGUCAAAGAGGCGAGCGAGAAUCUUCCCCGGCCCCGUGAUAUACGCAUGAUGGCAUUUGGCGAUCCACAGAUUAACGGCAAUUGGCCUUCCACUCCUUAUAUCAAAAGAUUAGACAAUUUCGGCAACGAUUACUACCUUGGUCAUAUUUAUAGAGUGAUGAAAAACAGACUUCACCCGACUCAUGUUGUUGGACUGGGCGAUCUGUUUUCAUCUCAAUGGAUCGCUGACUCCGAGUACUACAACAGAACCAGAAGGUAUAUGACCCGUCUUUUUCCAAGACCGCUGGAACAGACCUUUGCUGAGCUCGAUUUCAUAGCUGAGCAUAAGGACGUGGACUGGGUGAGCCAUCUGGAAUGGUUUCAGAAAAACCUUGAGGAGGGUCUAUUUUUGAAACCAGAAUUCUAUCAUUAUGAGAAUGUUUACGACUGGUCUUCUGCCAACCUGACUCACGAGCCAUUGUUCAUCAACGUUUCCGGAAAUCACGACAUUGGAUAUGGAGACACAACUUACCAGCAUAUGACUCGAUGGAGGAGACUUUUUGGAAAGGACAAUUACUGGAUAGAAUUCGACAACGAUACAGACCAUCCUUGGCGAAUAGUUGUGCUCAAUUCACUCGCCCUAGACGGGCCCCUUCUGCAACCAGAAUUUAAGGACUACACAUGGCAGUUUGUUGAAACGUUGAAGCAAAGAACUUACCGUGGCUCAUCUAUCUUGCUCACUCACAUUCCAAUGUACAAGCCUGAGGGUCUUUGCGCGGAUGGCCCGUUGGUAGAGUAUUUCAACGAAAAGAACUGCCAUCCUGGCGGAGAAUACAGAAUUGGACUUUUGAAAUCGGAAAACCAUCUGCAAUACGACACUUCACAGGCCGUGAUGAAUGCAGUGUUCAAAGGAAACUACUCUGGCAUCAUUGUGACUGGGCAUGACCACGAAGGAUGCGAGAACUACUAUAAUUAUAACUUCACUUCUGGGGAAUGGCAGGCCUCCAAGAGCAUAGACUCCCCGAAAUACAUAAAGGAGGCCACAGUCAGAUCUAUGAUGGGUGAUUUUGAUGGAAAUACCGGGCUCAUCACGGGGCAUUUCAACCAUGAGACCAAGAACUGGGAAUUCAACUACAAACUGUGUCCCUUCGCCGUCCAGCAUGUCUGGUGGGUUGCGCAAAUUGGCAUUGUGCUGAGCACUCUGUUGCACUCCAUAAACUUUUUGCUUUGA